UAUCCCCUUGAACGAAUGUUGAUAUUCGUUGAGGGAUUAUUUUGAAAGAUUACGAAGCUCGCUCUACUGCUCUCAUAAGCACCACCAUAAACACGAGCUAUGCCACCACCGGUUCCUGCACCACUUGCAACCUUUCACCAACCACUGCCUACCACCACAAUCUCACAGGACAAUGAAACACAACAAUGAAACACAGAAGAAGAAAGAAAGGGAUAGAUGAUUUCCGUGUGCAAGUUCGGUGUGGAGGUACAUUUCUUAUAGAAGGGACCAUCAGAUGUAAUUAAUGAAGUAAGUUAAUGUUUGGUGAAAAUUUACUGCAGAAGGGCAAAUUUGUCAUGGGGAUGUGCAGGAAGGGUGGUUGUGGAGGGAGCAAUUCUCUCUACAAUGCUGCUGCUGAUUGAAACACUGAUUGGGCCGCUGUUUAGGCAUGGCCGAAGCUGAGCGUUUUGAGCAAAACUUAAUGAAACGCUGCGUAGAAGUCCAAAGCUGAUGGGGUUUCUAUUUUGUGCAUCAUUUGUGCGAAAUCUGCUCGAAUCAUCUGGGGGCUUUCCUCCCAUCUCUCUCACUCAUAGUUAGGGUUCAUGAAGAAAAGAAGGAUGCGUCUAGGGUUCGUCAGCGCAGGAAGAAGAAGGAUCUUCGGCCCAAAAGGAAGCUGGCUCCGAAAGCUAAUCGGACCAGAAGGAUGAUCGGAAGCACAAGCUGGAAUUGGUUGAAGAAGCUCGAACGGUUAAAGAAUCUGUUAGAGUCAGUUGGAAUUGAUCGAGAAGCUUCCGAAUUAGUUGGAGUUGAUCGAGAAGCUUCCGAGUUAGUUGUAAUUUUUUCCCCUUUCCCCUAUUUUUUUUCAUUUUAUUUCUUUUUCUGUUUUAGACUUUCCGGGAAGUCUUGUAAUGAACACAGUAUGUGCAUUGGGUGACAGGCAUUGCACUUUUCAUAGAGGUAGAACUAUGUUCUUUUCACUAGAAGUCGGAGAUGAUCACAUUGGGUGACCGAUAUCUUUGAUUUCUGGUGCAGCAAGAGACUGAUUUGUCUACCAACAACAACCUUUUGGGAGUUGGCCAGAGAUGCAACAGAAGUUUGUGAAUAAAUACUUUCCAGCAACCAAAGCGGCCAACAUCAGAAGGGAAAUUACUUCCACUGGGCAGUUUCAAGAAGAGAGUCUGGCUGAAUACUGGGAAAGAUUCAGCAAUCUAUGCACAACAUGCCCCAACCACCAGAUUUCAGAGCCCAGGCUUCUGGUCUACUUUUAUGAGGACUUGCUUUACAAAGACAAGGUGUUGGUUGAUGCAGCAGCUGGAGGCUCUCUGCUGGACAAGACCCCAACAGAGGCAAGGAAGUUGCUGAGCAAGCUAUCUGGUGAGAAUCAUGAUGAGGUAGCUGAUGAGCCAAUAGUGCAGAAUUAAACAAAGAGGAAACUGCAGAAACAAAGGCAGUCCUGGUGGAGGCAGGAGACGAUGUCAAAGCUGCUCAAGGAACCUGGAACACACAGAAUCAGCAGCAAUUGCAUGAGGAGUCCUGGCUUCUGCAGCAAGGUGUUUGGAGAGUGCAGAACCAGCUGCCAGCCUUUGAUGGAGAGCUGUUAUUGCUGCAGCAGAGAGUUAGGAAGGAGACAAUGCACACCUUGGCUGGCCAUGGAGCAAAACAAAUACCAAUAAGCCAUUUCUUCACCCAUCCUUUCUUUUGUAGUAAUAGGUUUUUGUUAUUAACUUGCAUGAUAUAGGAAUUGUUACAAAUAGCAGAGUAGAAAAUACGUGGUUUUACAUAAAAAUAAAGAGAAUUAAUUUUGAUUUGUGGCCAAUCUGAAAAUGUUCUUUUUAGUUUUGUAGUUUUAGUUUUAAUUCUUGUUUUUGUUCUUGUUCAA